CCCAAUUUUUGUAUAUCCACCAAAUCUCUCUUCCCUCUCUCAAGUUUUUAAACUUUUCCUUCUCCAAGAACAAAACACUUCUCACUUUCUCUCUCUCUCUCGUUCUCGUUCUCUCUUGGAAACCAAACUAUGACGACGACGACUCAUACGAGCCAUCCGAUCUUGAUCCUUCUCCUCUUCGUCGUCUCUUUCCUUCUCAAAACCUCCACCGCAACAGUCGCCAAUGGAAACAUAACAUCAAGUAGCUACCGUUACCAAACCCACCGAUUCGUCCCGAGGAUUCACCACCCGUACUACGUGACUCCUCCUCACGGUUCGUGCGACUCUUUUACUCGUCCGUACGCGCGUUCUAUGUGCAUUGAGCUUCAGAGAAUCCACCGCAGCAGUCGGAAGCAGCCAAUUCUUUCUCCUCCUCCGCUGGAGAUUGACCCAAGGUACGGCGUCGACAAAAGACUUGUCCCCUCCGGUCCAAACCCGCUUCACAACUAAAACCCUAUCCUCAAGUUUCUAUACAUAAUACAUAUUAUACAGAGAUCGCGACCCUUGUUACAUUUUUUUCUUCUUCUUUCUAAUUAACACAUUUUUUUGACGUUUCUUGGACUUUUAUGUUCAAGAAAGAGAUCAGAUAUAUGUGUGUUUUCAUAGAGUUUUUUCUUGAUCUUCUUAGCGGAUCUUUUCUUGAUUCUACUCUCUCUUGAUCUUGUAAUGGAGGAGUCCUACGUUAUGGAGAGAUAUUGUUACUAUU